GUGAUUAUAUCGUGUUACCUUUUUUUAAAUAUAAAAACAACUAUUAAAGACUUUAUGAAAACCUAAACGAUCAUUCGUUUUCUGCGACGAUUUCACUUUGACUACUGAAAUUCCUUCAAUAAUUCUAUCGGCGUCUUUUACGACGUAAUUACAAAAUCAAAACAUUACAGCAAGAUAGCUUGACACUUAACCUCAAUAUAUAGUAACUAAAUAUUUUAUUCAAUACCUCACUAAAGUUUUGUUAUUAUUUUCGAUACCAAGUUAAGGUUAUUCUUCGGCUCUUGGUUAGAGUUCCAGUGCCAUUGGUGUUAAUUUUUAUAUAUUUUAUUAGUUGAUAUAAUAAGUAAGAUAAAAUGCCUAAAAUAAAAUUUGGAGCCAAUCAACAUAAAAUUUUCAAUAAUACCUAUUUGCGACAACGAGAACUUGGUAUACGUUUACCUAUGGGACAUGUUGAUCACUUUCAUAAAACAUUAUAUUCAUCUGUAAAACCCAUUACAUCGUGGGAUAUCAGUGAGCCAGAUGAUGGCCCACAAGGUGCCCCACAAGGUGCUAUUUUCAAUUUAGAGUAUUCUCCAGAUGGAGCAAUGGUGGUAGCAGCUUGUGAAAAGAAAAGCAUCUUAAUGUUUGAUCCUCUCACAAGAAAAUUGGUUCACACUAUUCCAGAUGCUCAUCAAGAUUGUGUUAAUGGAGCAAGAUUUAUUGAUUCUCGAAUGUUUGCUACAUGCUCUGAUGAUAGUACAGUAGCUCUGUGGGAUGCAAGAAAUCUCAAAUGCCAAAUAAGAGUAUUGCAAGGUCACUCAAACUGGGUGAAGAAUAUUGAAUUUAGUCAUAAGGAUAGGCUACUUGUAAGCAGUGGAUUUGACGGUGUUAUAUAUACUUGGGAAAUUGAUAACUUUACAGAAAAUAGUUGCGUAUCAAAUAGAAUUUUUCAUACGAAUGGUUUAAUGAGGACAAAGUUAAGUCCUGAUGCCACAAAAAUGUUAAUAUGUACAACUUCAGGUUACAUUAUAAUCAUUCAUGAUCUUAAUCUUAGAACUUUAAGUGAUGAGUUGUCUGGAUUCAAGCCAAAUAUGUAUAGAUUGAUGCAGCUGUCACAGACAACGAUUCCAGCAGCUGCUAGCUUUACUCAUUUAUUUUACAGUUCAAGAAGUAACAAUCGAGUUGAAUUUGUAACUGAUUUUCCUCAAAAUGAUGAUGCAGAAGUUAUAUCAAGCUUGCAAGUGCAUCCUCAUGGAUGGUGUGCUCUUUCUAGAAAUGUUAGUGCUCAGGAAAAAUCAGAGUGGACCUGUGUCCAUGACAUUCAGCUGCGUAACGCAAAAGAAACAUUAGAGAACAAACGAAAUAUUGCAAACCAGAAGUUUCUUCAAAAGUAUGGCGACGAUGCAAUUCCACCGCCAUUAGUAUCACAGUUUGGUGAUUUUAAUGUGGAGACGGUAGAACAAGACCAGCCACAUCAACCAUCGCGUUCAGGAAUCACCUCAUCAUUCGUGAUUGAUAAUACAAAUCGUGCUGAAAUCACUCGUGCAGAUGCACCAUCAGGUUCCUUCAAUUCUAGUAAUGUUGAUCAUUCAAACAGGCCGUCGUUAAAUGGAAAUUGCCAUGAACAGCCAGACAGGCGGAGACCUUCAACGAGAAGCAAUGAUGAGAAUAGUAGGUCGAGAGCUGCCGAUUUUGGAGUUUACGUUGAGAUGCCUGGCGAUGUUAGGUCUGUCGAUGGUUAUGCCAACGAUGAUACAGUUGAUGAUAAUGAAGACGCUCGUGAAGAACCAAAUCGUAGUAAUCCUCGAAGAACUUACGCUUAUAAUUACCGAGUACGUUUCAACAAUGUAGAGAACGACAACGUGGAACUUCACGUGAAUAGUAACGAUGUAUGGGAGGCACUGGUUGCCAUUCGAGAAGCUAGACUACGACGUGAAAGAGAACGAGAUUUUCCAAAUGAACCAGGACAACAACAGUGGUCUGCGCAAAAUGCUGAUCAUGUGGAAGGUGUUAAUAUUCCACGUUCACAUACGGUUGUUAUACUCGGCAAUGAUCGCCCACCACCUCAGUCAACACGGACUGGUACGCAAACAAUGUACGCAAUACCAAGGAAUCACAAGAUCUAUCAAAACGUACCGAGACUCACGCAUUACAUUGAAGAGCCAAACGUAGGGUCAGGCUACAUCAAGGAACUUUGCUUUUCGUCGGAUGGUAGAUUGAUUUGUUCACCAUUCGGCAAAGGCGUGAGAUUACUCGGCUUUUCAAAUCAGUGCCAAGAAUUAUCAGACUGCGUUCCUUCGUAUAAUCAAUCGUCUCAACUGGUUGAGAUAGCUUCAAGUUAUAGUCACAAGGAUAUCGUUGUUAGCACUAAAUUUUCACCAACUCACUGUCUUCUAGUUUCCGGUUGUCUCAGUGGAAGAAUCGUUUGGUAUCAACCUGUUCUCUAAACGUUAUCUGCCGAUCAAAUUUGUAUGUUCUAUUUACAUUAUUUUCUACUGACGUAUGUGGCAUUGCAAACUGUGGCUUUUAGAUUCUUUUACAUGGAUUUGUUGUAAAUAUUAUUUUUUAUUGAACGAUUUUUUUUAUUUAUUUAUCAUUUAGAAGAUAUAUUUGUACCUUUAUGAGAUUAAUUAUGUUCAAUUUUCUACUAGUUUUCUUUGAAAAUUAUUAAUAAAUGACUAUAUGUUAUUUGUUAUUUAUAAAUUUAUAAUGUAUUAUCAAUUACACAAAGUUCAGUAAGAUUAUAGAGAUCAAGUUCAAUAUUUUAUUUAUAAAAGUGUAUUAACUUGAUGGAAAUCUAUUAGCUACAGAACCUGCUUGUCAAUUUUCUUUUGCAUUGACAGUAAUGUCAAAGAAAUGUCAGAAUCCUCGAACAUGGCAGAUAUAUUAUCACUUUCGAAUCUUUCCUAAAAUCUCUAAAAUUUAAGUUGUUCUAUGUAAAAGUUGUUGUUUAUGAUGCUGUUCCAUACAUUUAAUAUUGAUACUUCACUAUUUAAUAUCAAAACACAAUUUUGAACUGAUACUUUUUGAAUAUUAAUUUAUUCAAGGUUAAACGAUGUUCGGACUUUCUAAACUAAUUUAUCUAUGCUUUUCGCAUAUUGAUUAUGAAAUCUUCAAUAAGAAAAAACAAAUUCAAAUCAAGAAUAGACAGUUUAUUUAGAAUGACUUGAUUGUUGUAUUUAUAUAUUAUAUAAUUAAAAUCAAUAAUGACAAUGAUGAUUUUAGAAAAUACUAACUAAUCAUUAUAAACCGAAACUCUUAUUCCUUUUUGUUGAUAUCGAAUGUUAUUCGCUUUGAUAAUCAUAAUUACUUUCAAUGUAAAUCAUAAAAAUUUUAUUACAAAUCAGAUAUGUUCACUUUUUUUUUAAUAAAAAUAGUACAAAUUAAUAUUUUUUCGAUAUUUACAAGAAAAUUUAUAUUACUAACCAUUUUUACAUGCUUAUUAUACAAUUCAGUUCAUUUUGUGUACAAUACAAAACUGCCAUGCGUUUUUUCGAUUGAUUUGCAUUUUACUUCGAAGAAAAAAAUCAGUUUGUACACACUUAUACGAUAAGUAAAUAUUUUGCUUUCCUAAAACAGUGUGUUAUCAAGAUGUAUAUUUCUUUUUUGUUUCUCAAAUUAACUUGCGAUAACCUUUUUGUUCACUUGAACAUGCGAACGAAAAGCGCUGCAUGAGUGAGUUUGGCAAUAGCAUGUAUAUUUAUGUCAUACAUGUUAAUUUAUAAAUGAAAAGAUGAGUCAUGUGAAAAAACGUGAGAACAUAUAGAUCUGUAUUUAAAGCGUCUAUUAGAAGUAAGAUCAUCUUUAAUGAAAAGAAGCUACGAUACUGUACAGUAGAUAGCCUGAAAACUGUUUGAUAAGGUUUACGUUUUUCUUUUCUAUAAAUAAAAUAACAUAAUUAUGGAAAUAGUUGUAUAUUAUUCAUUUUUAUACAUAUAAUAAAACGCUAAUUUGAUUUAAUGUCGCUUUGCAACGCUAACGGUUUUUUUGGUUUGCUUUUGGUAAAGGCACUAUUUGAAAGCCUAAUAACCUUGCACUAGUUGAGAAAUUGGUUAUUGAUCUUUGAAAACCCUAAACGGCUUGGUGCAGCUGGCGCUACAAGUGCACAUGUGUAUAUGCAGGUUUACAAAGUUUUGCCUCUCACACACGCUAGCUCGCAGCAGAAUGCAAAUGGUUCAGUCUAAAUUCACUUGCAAAGCGAUUUUCGUCAAAAUCUAAGUUAGUUUGGUUGACAUAAUUUUAUUCAUAAGUCCAUAUGCACCAGCGCCUCCAAGUACGUACACGUCUACACAAAUACAUAGCUAUCGCUGAAAUUUAAAUAACUCGUUUCCAACCUGAUAUAGAUAUGCUGAUUCUAUUUACUUAUUAUACAUUUCAUUUACUAUCA